AUGUACUCGACCUUAUCAGAUCCACGGGAACGUGUCACGACCUCGCCUGUCGGUAACAUCAAGAUGGGGAUAAGGGCUUUAACUCAUGCCGACCUUUACACGCCAAGGAGACUCUCAGACGAGCUCCCGCAUUUCACCCUUCCCAGACCCUUGAACCAUCCUCAGACCCCACCGCUAUCGACCUCGGGCAGCCCGCGACUGGAAAUCGAGGGCUCCUACAGCGGCAUUUCCGAGGAUUGCUCUCCUCUUCGCAGCAUUGCUCGUGUAGACAGUCCUGCUACCGCUCCCGUCAGGCUGCCUAGUCUGGAGGAGUUUGAUCUUGGGGUGGAAGCCCUCGCGAGGUCAUACGGACCUGUUGCGCGGCCCUACACGCCCCCAUCUCCUCUUCCUAGCCUCAGAAAAAGCUCCCUUCUUCCGCCGUCGGGUCCUCUGGUGCAGACUUGCGCUUCUCAAGACGGCUAUGCUCAAGACAGCUAUGCCUCGUACCACACGAGUGACGCAUACGUCCACGGGGCUCCUCCGCUCCUGGAUGGCUACCCUAGUCCGCCACCCGAGGGCGAGAACAGGCACAUCAACCAGAAAUACACGACCGAGGAGGGCGACUUCAUCAUCUACGCUUGGCACGACAAGAAACUCAAGUGGCAGCGAAUCAGGCAAGAUUUUGCGACCAUGUUUGGCCGGACGCCCGAACGAACAGUCCAGGGCCUCCAAGCGUGGUACUACCGGAUGAACCAGCGCAUCCCCCUGUGGGAUCGAGACGGGUGGCUGAUUUUCGAAAACGACGACGACUUGGAACCCAAGCACAUCAGCAUUAAGUGCCGCGAGAGAGACAGCCAGGACAAGCCCAUGGAGCCGCUGGGCCUGGCACAGCGCUAUCCCGAGCGCGCCAUCCACUACCCCUGGGUUGAUGCCGAGCUCAAGCGCAAGUCGCAGGAUUGGGCUGCCAAGCGGGCAAUGCAAUACCGCGACAGACGGGAGCGAAGAAAAAGAAAGGAGCUGCGGCGUCUCAAGCUCUAA